GAUCUUAAGAACCAUGCAUUAGUUGUAAUUUUUAAGACUGUGGACUUUAAGUAGGAAAUCUUUAAAUAUUUAUGGAAAAGAGAGAGUGUCUGUUUAUGUAUAUCAUAGUCUAACUUUUGAUCAUAUAAUGAUGUGUUUCAGCAGCUGUGCGAAUUUGCUCUCUGGUUUGUUCAUUCUGUUUUAUUAUAUGUUACACGUUAGUAUUGCCAUAAACACCAUUACACCAUCUCAAUUCAUCAAGGACCCUGAAACUCUACUCUCCAAAGACGGUUACUAUUCCUUGGGAUUCUUUAGCCCUGAAAAUUCUACAAAUCGCUAUGUCGGAAUUUGGUGGAAGUCUCAAUCCACAAACAUAUGGGUGGCUAACAGAAACCAUCCAUUGAAUGAUUCUGAUGGGAUUGUCACAAUAUCUGAAGAUGGCAAUCUUGUGGUAUUAAAUGGACAAAAACAAGUCAUAUGGUCAUCAAAUGUAUCCAACAUAGCAUCCAAUACCACUUCCCAGUUUUUUGACUUCGGUAACCUUGUCCUUUUGGACAGCACAAGUGGAAACAUCUUAUGGCAGAGUAUUCAGCAACCUUCAGAUACAUUACUGCCUGGUAUGAAACUUUCUAUCAACAAAAGAACAGGUGAGAAAGUAAAACUAAAAUCAUGGAAAAGCCCUUCUGAUCCAUCUGUUGGGAGUUUCUCUUCUAGUAGUGUUGAACGCCAAAAUAUACUGGAAGUGUUUAUUUGGAAUGAAACUCGACCAUAUUGGCGCAGUGGUCCCUGGAAUGGUAGUGUCUUCACAGGGAUAGAUUAUAUGACAACUGCAUAUUUUUACGGUUUUAAAGGUGGAGAUGGUGGAGAUGGGAAUAUUAAUGUAUAUUAUACAAUCCCAGAUGAUGUGGAAUUCUUAAUCUAUAACCUGAAUUCACAAGGAAUAUUAGAAGAAACAAGGUGGAAUGAUGAGCAGAAAGAAGUGCAAGUUACAUGGACAAGCCGAGACUCAGAGUGUGAUGUUUAUGGUACAUGUGGGGAAUUUGCAAGCUGUAGUUCAUUGAUCUCACCAACAUGCAGCUGUUUGAGAGGAUUUGAACCUAGAAACAUACGAGAAUGGAAUAGACACAACUGGACUGGUGGGUGUGUUAGGAGGACACCUUUGCAAUGUGAAAGGGUCAUCAAUAAAACCACAAGGACAAAGGAAGAUGGGUUUUUAAAAUUGCAGAUGGUUAAAGUUCCAGAUUAUGCAGAAGGUACAGCUGUUACACCAGACAUAUGCAGAAGCUUAUGCUUAGAGAAUUGCUCUUGCAUUGCGUAUUCUCAUGAUGCUGGGAUUGGUUGUAUGUCUUGGACUGGGAACUUACUUGAUAUAGAACAACUCGAAAGUGGAGGACUUGAUCUAUAUGUUCGUGUAGCACAUGCAGAACUCGAUAAUGGGAGAAUCAAAACAAUCAUUAUUACAAUUAUAGUGAUAAUUGGAACUCUCGUUAUUGUCAUUUGUGCAUAUAUCAUGUGGAGAAGGACUUCAAACAACCCAGCUAAACUGUGGCACUCUAUCAAAUCAACAAGGAAAAUGAACAACAAAACCUUCGUAGUAUUUAAUAAAGGUGGAACAUCAGAAGAAAAUAAUAGUGAAGAUGUAAUUGGAGGAAUGUCCCAAGAUAAACUACAGGAUCUAUUGCUAUUUGAUUUUGCAAAGCUUGCAACUGCCACAGAUAACUUUCAUUUGAACAACAAACUUGGACAGGGUGGUUUUGGUCCAGUAUACAAGGGGAAACUGCAAGAUGGUCAAGAAAUAGCUGUUAAAAGACUUUCGAGAUCAUCUGGCCAAGGUUUAGAAGAAUUCAUGAAUGAAGUAGUUGUGAUUUGUAAGCUUCAACACCGUAAUCUUGUAAGACUUCUUGGUUGUUGUAUUGAAGGUGAUGAAAAGAUGUUGAUGUAUGAGUACAUGCCAAAUAAAAGUUUGGAUGCAUUUAUCUUUGAUCCAUCAAAAAAUAAACUCCUAGAUUGGAGGACACGGUAUAACAUUAUAGAAGGAAUAGCUCGAGGAUUGCUGUAUCUUCACAGGGAUUCCAGAUUAAGAAUUAUACACAGAGAUUUAAAGGCAAGUAAUAUCUUGUUAGACGAGGAGCUUAAUCCAAAAAUUUCUGACUUUGGUAUGGCUAGAAUCUUUGGAGGGAGAGAAGAUCAAGCUAAUACUACCAGGGUUGUCGGAACUUAUGGCUAUAUGUCUCCCGAAUAUGCAAUGCAAGGACUUUUUUCAGAGAAAUCAGAUGUUUUUAGCUUUGGUGUUUUGAUACUAGAGAUCGUAACUGGGAGAAGAAACUCAAGCUUUUAUGACAAUGAGCAUGUUCUGAGUCUUUUAGGAUCUGUCUGGAUACAAUGGAGGGAAGAAAAUAUUUUAUCUUUAAUAGAUCAAGGAAUAUAUGAACCUAGUCAUCAUAAUUAUAUUUCAAGGUGCAUACAUAUAGGACUUCUGUGUGUACAAGAACUUGCUGUAGAUAGGCCCACUAUGGCUACUGUAAUUUCUAUGCUUAACAGUGAGGUUUCACUUCUUCCUCCUCCAAGUCAACCUGCAUUCAUCUUGAGGCAGAAUAUGUUGAAUUCAAAGUCAGCUGAAGAAAACCAAAGCGUUAGUUCCAUUAAUAAUGUCAGUAUUACAGACAUAUGUGGCAGAUAGCACACUAAGGACUCGAAGAAAAAGGAUUUUGAGGUCAAUGGAUAUGUAGUUAAUACUAGAAUCUUUGUUAAUUUAUAUAAUUUGCAUGAAAAAUAAACUCUGGUGUAAUGGAAAACAUACAGGUGGAUCUUUCUGUGUGAAAGUGCUUAAUAAUGACUUUAUAAAUUUCAUUCUCCAAGUUAA